GCAAAUGUUCAGAAAAAUUUCUGCUUACCAAAUGAGCUUUUCUCUUCCUGGUAUAACUCAGGUGUAAUGUCUUUGCUGAAACCUCUUUUGCUGGAUGUCGUCUCAACUAUUCAACAGACUGCUGCUUUGGCUCUUGGGAGACUUGCCAAUUAUAAUGAUGACCUGGCAGAGGCAGUCGUGAAGGGAAACAUUCUUCCACAGCUUGUGUGUUCAUUGUCUGAGCAGAACCGUUUCUACAAGAAGGCAGCUGCAUUUGUGCUAAGGGCAGUUGGUAAACAUUCUCCGCAGCUAGCUCAGGCAAUAGUUCAGUGUGGAGCACUGGAAAUGCUUGUGAUUUGCUUGGAAGAUUUUGACCCUGGAGUCAAAGAAGCUGCAUCUUGGGCACUUGGGUAUAUUGCCCGACACAAUUCAGAACUGUCACAAGCUGUGGUGGAUGCAGGCGCUGUUCCUCUUUUAGUGCUCUGUAUCCAGGAGCCAGAAAUUGCUUUGAAAAGGAUUGCUGCUUCAACUCUCAGUGAUAUUUCAAAGCAUUCUCCAGAGUUAGCACAGACAGUAGUGGAUGCAGGAGCUAUCGCUCACUUAGCUCAGAUGAUCCUGAACCCUGAUGCUAAACUGAAGCGUCAGGUGUUGUCAGCUCUAAGCCAAAUAGCAAAGCAUUCAGUGGAUCUUGCAGAGUUGGUGGUUGAAGCAGAAAUUUUCCCAGUUGUGCUCACAUGCCUGAAGGACUCAGAUGAAUAUGUCAAGAAAAAUGGUGCAACUUUAAUUAGAGAGAUAGCAAAGCAUACGCCUGAGCUUUCACAGCUUAUAGUAAAUGCAGGUGGAGUUGCUGCUGUGAUUGAUUGUAUUGGCAGCUGCAGAGGGACUGUCAGACUGCCUGGCAUCAUGAUGCUUGGUUAUGUAGCAGCUCAUUCGGAGAACCUGUCAAUGGCAGUGAUUGUCUCCAAGGGAAUACCACCACUGUGUGCCUGCUUGAUAGAAGAACAUGAAGAUCAUAUUAAGGCAGCAGCUGCGUGGGCCUUGGGACAGGUUGGAAGACACACUCCUGAGCAUGCACGUGCCGUUGCAGUAGCAAACGUGCUACCCACACUGCUUGCUAUGUAUAUGGACACACACAGUUCAGAAGAUCUUCAAAUGAAAACUAAAAAAGCCUUAAAGAGCAUCCUUCAGAAAUGCACCUAUCUUCCAGCACUUGAACCAUUGCUGCAUGAUGCCCCUCCCAAUAUUAUGAAACAUAUUGUUGGGCAGUUUAGUAAGGUGUUACCACAUGACAGUAAAGCACGUCGUCUCUUUGUAACAACUGGUGGACUUAAAAAGGUUCAAGAAAUAAAAGCAGAACCUGGGUCGCUUCUUCAGGAAUAUAUCAAUACUAUUAACAAUUGCUAUCCAGAGGAAAUAGUAAGGUAUUAUUCCCCUGGAUAUUCCGAGAUACUUCUGGAAAGGACACAGAACUACAAAAGCAAUCUGAAAUCUGGAUUUUUUUUCUGCUCCUUGGAGACCACAA